AUGAACAAGAUAUUCAACAAAAAAGAAAAGAAAUACACGGCCUAUAAACCUUCUAAUCGUUCUUAUCUCCCUCCUCCGAGCCUUAUCGACGACGCCCAUAUCGGUGAAUCUCCCAGCGUCGUACACCAAAAACAGCACAACAGAGGCGAUAGCUUAAAGCAUUUAUUCCAUCCAAAUCCUCCUCCUCAUCCUCAUAUACCACAAGACACCCUCAAUCACCGUCGCAGGUCUGCGUCUGCCCCACAGCCAUCACCCAUUCUUGAAAAUGGCUGGGACGAUCACCAGAAUAUCUCCAAUGUUCUCCACCAGGCCCAUCUUCUCGAUCUAGAGAGAAAUUACUGGCAGAGACUGGGGAAUAGCCCACUUGCACGAUCUUCGAAUUCUAUCAGCAGGCACUUUUCAAAUACAGAGCCAUUGAAUAGGCAGGUGCGGCAGUUAUCGCCCAAGAAGCAGCCGGCUCAGAAGUAUUCAUCGCCUCCAAGGCAAUCUCAGCACCCUCAGCACUCCCGCAAAGGCUCUACAUCCUCCACCAAAUCGUCACUGGCGCACUCACAAAGCCUGAGUGUUCCUAGCAAGCCGCUCGAGAUACACCUGGCGCGCAGCCAAGAGGAAGGAGUACUCGGGUGUGGGAGAGUGCUAAGCCAAGCGUGGACAUUCAACAAGGACAAGGAGAACACCCACCCGAAUGAUCUGCACCUACGCGUCGAGACGAGUGGGUUUAAUUUGCACAUAAGCAACCAGGGGAAAGACAGUGUGAAUGUGUUGAGAGAGCGCGACAGGAUACGCAUCGAUAAUGGGCAGGUGCGCGAUGACGAUGGGUAUGGUUAUGCAUACGGUGCACAGACAGUUGAUCCGUCACCAUCUACCAGCCAAGUUGGCCUCGCUGUUACUAGCUCCUCCCCGGCACCACCCGGCAGCUCGCAUAUGCAAUCUGCUAUUCCUGCUACUCCCACUCCCACGCCCACGCCCGCCACGCCCACGGCGAGGAGCGUCGCUACGUCCACCGACGAACACUCAUCACAUACACAAAAUCGUCGCAUCGUCAUACCGCAGCGCGGAAGUUCGAAGAGAUACUCACCCUCCAAGUCGAUUAUCACUGGGAGCGAAUACACCAAAACCAAGUUGCGGCGGCGAGGUGGGGGAGUGAGUGGGAAAAGGAGCAGUCAUAGUCGCGGGAGUGGGAGUGGGAGUGGGAGUAGCCGUGAGAGUGCUCCUAAUUCCUCAUCGAGGAGUAUGUCAGCAACGAGCAGCCGAAGCAUGGCAUACGACACCUACCUCGCCUACCACGCCGUGGAAAAGGGGAAUGGGGAGGAGUCAGAAGUGAAUGACAGCCUAGCCAAUCGCAGCAUUGCUUCUGAUGUCGCUACACUCGAUCAUCGUCCACCACCAUCAGCAACACUGUUGCCAGGUGUGCACAGCGCACACGGCACACACGUACACGAUACACGUGAUAGUAGCAACACCAACAGCACGAGCAGCGUAAUGGAAGAGUUGCGUGAUGCUCCCUUACCCCCUAUCCGCACUGGCGAUAUCAUGCAAGCGUCGAGAGGUGUAUCUCAAGCGUCACUUACUAGACCUAGCCCAGCAAUGGGGGUAGAUGUGUCGCAUACUAGUGAUGCACAUGAUGCACCAGGCGAUUUUCUCAAUGGAGAAGAUAGUCGCAGACGCAAAGGUGAAGGCAGAAGCAGAGAAGUUGCACCAGCGGUUACAAUCACGCUCCCACCACAGGAAAAUACUUUUACUGAUAUGCAUACUUCACCAAAUCCGCCGAGUAGAGAUAUAGAUCACCCUGUCUUCCUUGGUUACCCACUACCUACACCGCCAAUUCCACGAAAGUCGCCGAGGAGAAGAGCGCAGGAGUCGAUAGAAAAGAAGUCAUACACUACAUUUACCACCCACCCUAUACCACGUAGAUGGCCUGAGGAAGUAGGAGUGGAAGUGGGGGUGGAGCAGAUGUGUAAAGAAAAAGACAAAAGUCCAGAGGCGAUUGAUUCAGGAGCAAGUCCAGGUGCAAGUGCAAGUGGAUGGAAUGCACCAGAAUCGGCUAAUAUAAGUACUGCAAGUAGGAGUCAUAGAGCGAUAAACCCGUCUGUUGAUUUGCUGCGAUUUGUGCACCCACCAGAAUCAGGAUCGAGAUUAGCACUUGACGUGGAAAUGGUGAAUAAUAAGCUGCGUUCUGCUGAACGACUGCGAAAUUCGGGGCAUGAUGAGCAUCUCAUGCAACCCCAGCACCAACACACUCAAAACACCCAAAACACCCAGCAUGCCUCGCAGACACCCCACCCAUUCGCAAAUAGUGACGCUAAUAUGACAUUCAACACACCCGGCGAUUCACUGUCUAAGCGCUUAAGCACUGAUGCGUAUUUGAACAGCCUCAAUAUGGGAAUAUCGAGGCAGUGCAGUGGUAGACUUGGGCAAGUGGCUGAAGACGAGGGGGGUGAGGUGGUCGAGAUUGGUGAUGGUGAUGGGGAGAACAACAAAGAAGAUUUGUUUUAUAAACCGCGAACGCAACCGCAACCAAUACAGACAAAUACACCGAUGCACACACCCACAAACUCAAAGAGAUACCACGCUCACCCAUCAAUGAGCAGCACCGGUAGCAAUAUUUCGCCACUGUCGUCACAGUCAGAAAACGGAAUGAGACCAAAGGCGAGCAUGAAGGAGUUGGAGGAGAUGCUGCGUAGUUUGAAAAUGCGUAGGGAGCGUAAUAAGAGGGAGGAGAGUAAUCAGGUUAAAUGA